AUGUCCCGGCUGCUGGAGGGAAAGAAUAAAGACAAGAUGAAAGACAAGAUGAAAGAAAUGAACGCCAAGAACAAAGAGAAGGAGCGGGUGAAGGAGCGCGAGAAGGAGGCCCGGACCAACAAAGGUCACCUCUUCACCUCGCUCACUGUCUCGUCCACCACCUUGUGCUCGGCCUGCAACCGCAGCAUCACCGCCAAGGAGGCCCUCAGCUGCCCCGGCUGCACCGUCACCAUUCACAACCGCUGCCGAGACAGCUUGGCCAGCUGCGUCAAGAUGAAGCAGAAGCAACAGAAGCUGGCGAUGGCGAGGAACAGUUCGGCCCUCCAGAACGUGGCCCUGCGGACCAAAAGCCCGAGCGUCAAGGAGAGGCCCAGUUCGGCCAUCUACGCGUCGGACAGCCUCCGCCAGUCCCUGCUGGGACCCCGACGGGUCCGCUCGGGCCUCUUGCUGGCCAAAAGCGUCUCUACCAAUAACAUCGCCGGGGCCGGCGAGGACUCGGUCGGCCUCAGGAGGAUCCUGUCCCAUUCCACCGAGUCGCUCAACUUUCGGAGCAGGACCCUAUCCAUGGAGUCGCUGACGGACGAAGGAGACUGCUGGUGGAGCCCCCUGCUGGAGGAACUGCAGACGGAGGGUCGCGGCGUUCAAGCGGACAGUUGGAGUCUGCUGGUGGAACCCAAGUUCCUCCAGAGCCUCCACAAAGACCUCAUCAAACAGCAGGACGUCAUCUACGAGUUGAUUCAGACCGAGUUUCACCACGUGCGGACGCUGCGCAUCAUGGAGGGCGUGUACCGGCGCGGCAUGCUGGAAGAAGUGAUGCUGGAGCCCGGGGUGGUUCACGCCAUCUUCCCCUGUCUGGACCAGCUACUGGAGAUCCACGCCGCCUUCUUGGCCCGGCUGCUGGCUCUCAGGAAACGGGGCGGCGGCGACGCCAACUUUGUGGUCUCCGGCGUCGGAGAGCUGCUCCUCGCGCAGUUCUCAGGUCAGAACGCGGACGACGUGAAGAAAGUUUACUCGGAAUUUUGCAGUCGGCACCCCAAAGCCGUCAAACUCUACAAAGAGACGUUGACGCGGGACAGAAGACUGCAGCAUUUCAUCAGACGCGCCUGCCGCGGGCCCCUGCUGCGUCGCCACGGCGUCCAGGAGUGCAUCUUGCUGGUCACGCAGAGGAUCACCAAGUACCCGGUUCUCCUCCAGAGGAUUCUGGACAACACCAAAGGCGACGAGGACGAGGCGCGGGCCCUCGGCCGGGCCCUGGUCCUCCUCAAGGAACUGAUCGGCUCGGUGGAUCGGGAGGUGCUGGAGCUGGAGCGCGCCGGGAGGCUUCAGGAGGUCCAAGCCCGGCUGGACCCCCGGGCUCGAGCGGAAGUCCGCGGCGGAGGCGCCUUCCGAGGCGGAGAGCUCUCGCGACGGAAGCUCCUCCGCGAGGGCUCGCUCCUCUGGAAGGUCCAGGGCUCCAGGAUGAAAGACGUGCGCGUCCUGCUGAUGUCGGACAUCUUGGUAUUCCUCCAAGAGAAAGACCAAAAGUACACCUUCGCGUCCUUCGACAAGUCUCCGGUGGUGUCUCUGACCAAGCUGAUUGUCCGAGAUAUAGCCAAUCAGGAGCGAGGCAUGUACCUGAUCAGCGACUCGGCCCCCCCGGAGAUGUACGAGCUGCACGCCGCCUCCAAAGACGAGAGGCGGGCUUGGAUGAACGCCAUACAACAGGCUUCGGUCAGUUGUCCGUCCAGAGAAGACUUCCCCCUGAUUGAAACGGAAGACAAAGCUUUACUACGCCGGCUUAAAGCGGACAUCUUGCAGAAGGACCGCGAGGUGUUGGAGCUCCUUCAGGAGCGCGUGACGUUGUUCUCGGAGCUGGCGGAAGCCACGGGAAGGAGCGCCGCGGGAGACGGCGCCCCCGAAGCCAACUGCAGGAAGUUGUUUCGAGCGGACGGCGCGCAGGCGCCUCCCGCCGAGCCGCUGCUGACCGGCGCCAUCCGCGAAGUGGACAAGCUGGGCCUCCUGCUGGCGGGAUGCCGCAUCAUCAAAGCCUGCGUCGUCAACGGCGACCUGGAGCGCCCGCCUUCUGAAAAUGCCUCGCAUCCUGCUUCGUCGGAGCCGGACUCUUCAAAGGACGGCAACGGAAACCGGCCGCAGGAAGACACGCUGAAGGAGGAAGUGCGCCGGCAUCUGGUCGGCGCGAGCGCGCAGCUUCACGCCCUUCAGGCCGCCGUCGUUCGCCAGGACUCGGCGGUAGAGCUGCUCGUCGGGCCCGCCUCCGGACCCCGCCUCUGUCGCUCGGUGUCGCGGGACACGGGCCUGGACGCCGGCGGCGAGGCGGCGCUCUUGAGGCGGCAGGUGGAGCUCCUGCAGGAGGAAGUCAAGCGGCUGCGGCGCAGGGAGGAGGAACCCGGGAAAAAGGAGGGGCAGCCGGGCACCAGGAGGAGCAGCGACGGAGACUUGAGCGACGUCAUCCGGGGAGAGGGGAGGAGGCGGCGGGGCAGCAGAGAGCUGGAACUCCACCCCCUGGCUCCGUUGGCCACCCACGACCCGCUGGACCAAUUGGACGGCCUUCAGGAAGCCAACGAGGAGGAAGAGGAGCCGCAAACGCUGAAGAUUUCUCCUCGUUCCGACAGUCCCAGAGACCUCCAAGACAUCCCGGAGGAGAGCGAGUGCGGAGCGGACCCCAGUUAA